AUGCACGAGUGUGUUUCCAUCCAUCUGGGACAGGCAGGGGUGCAGAUUGGGAAUGCAGUCUGGGAAUUGUAUUGUCUUGAACAUGGGAUACGACCAAAUGGAUUACUUCAGACUGGCACACCCACCGUGUAUGACCGAUCGUUCGAUACCAUUUUCUUGGAAACCGGUUCCGGAAAACUAGUUCCGCGAUCUGUCUAUGUUGACCUGGAACCAACAGUUGUGGACGAGGUUCGAACAGGUGUCUAUCGGACACUAUUUCAUCCGGAUCAGUUAAUCAGUGCCAAAGAAGAUGCGGCAAACAAUUACGCUCGUGGUCAUUUCACUACCGGUCGAUCGGUUGUAGACUUAGUUUUGGAUCGUGUACGAAAACUAGCCGAUAAUUGUGAUAGUUUACAAGCAUUCCUGGUGUUUCAUUCACUCGGUGGUGGAACGGGAUCGGGAUUUGCUGCACUCCUGAUGCAACGAUUGGCUAUUGACUAUGCUAAACUAUCCAAGCUGGAAUUUUCCAUCUAUCCAGCUCCGUCAAUCUCUUCGGCUGUGGUAGAACCGUACAAUUCAUUGCUCACGACACACACAACUUUGGAAGUGUCGGAUUGCUGCUUCAUGUUUGACAAUGAAGCAAUCUAUGAUAUUUGCCGGAGGAAUCUGGAUAUUGAAAGGCCAACUUACACAAAUUUGAAUCGGCUUAUUGCUCAGAUCGUCAGUUCUAUCACGGCCUCACUUAGAUUUGGAGGGUCUCUGAAUGUAGAUGUAAAGGAAUUUCAAACAAAUCUUGUGCCUUAUCCACGUAUUCAUUAUCCCUUGGCUGUACUGGCUCCAAUCACAUCAGCCGAGAAAGCGUACCAUGAAAGACUCACUGUGGCUGAAAUCACAAAUGCCUGUUUUGAACCGGCCAAUCAGGUUGCAAAAUGUGAUCCGCGUCGGGGAAAGUAUAUGGCUUGUUGCUUACUGUAUCGUGGAGAUAUUCCCUGUCACGAAGUGAACGCGUCCAUUGCAACCAUCAAGGCGAAACGAAGCAUUCAAUUUGUCGACUGGUGUCCAACAGGAUUCAAAGUCGGUAUCAAUCAUCGACCACCAACAGUGGUACCCGGUGGUGAUUUAGCCAAAGUACAGCGAGGUGUAUGUAUGCUAAGCAACAGCACUGCAAUUACCGAAGUGUUUACACGCUUAGAUCACAAGUAUGAUAUGAUGUAUGCAAAGCGGGCAUUUGUUCAUUGGUAUGUUGGCGAGGGGAUGGAAGAAGGCGAGUUCACCGAAGCUCGAGAAGAUAUGGCCUCGUUGGAGAAAGAUUAUGAAGAAGUCGGAUUGGACACGAUUACCAUGAGUGGUGAAGGGGAAGCAGAGUAUUGA